AGAGCAGUCCUUUGUUCUUAUCAGUAUCUCACAGCCUGUGAAGCCCUCAGUGUGCCUCUGUCCUUUGCCACAAACAUGAGGUUCAAAUUCCCUCUCAUGGCCAUAGGCCUGGAGUUGGCCAUGAUUGUUUUAUUUGGACUAUUUGUUCAGUAUGAAACAGAUCAGAAUAUUCUGCAGCAGCUCAACAUCACCAAGCCAACAGACAUGGGUGGAUUCCUUGAGUUAUAUCCUCUAUUCCAAGAUGUGCAUGUUAUGAUAUUUGUUGGCUUUGGCUUUCUCAUGACCUUCCUGAAGAAAUAUGGCUUCAGCAGUGUGGGUAUCAACCUACUGAUUGCUGCUCUGGGCCUCCAGUGGGGCACUAUUGCACAGGGGAUCCUACACAGCCAUGGACAGAAAAUUAACAUUGGAAUCAAAAACAUGAUAAAUGCAGACUUUAGUACAGCCACAGUUCUGAUUUCUUUUGGAGCUGUCCUGGGAAAAACGAGUCCAGUCCAAAUGCUGAUCAUGACAAUUAUAGAAAUUGCUGUCUUUGCUGGCAAUGAAUAUCUGGUUGGUGAGAUAUUUAUGGCUUCUGAUAUUGGAGCAUCAAUGACUAUCCAUGCCUUCGGGGCUUACUUUGGCUUGGCUGUAGCAGGCGUCUUGUAUCGAUCUGGUCUGAGAAGCGGGCAUGAAAAUGAAGAGUCUGUGUACCACUCGGACUUGUUUGCAAUGAUUGGGACUCUCUUUCUAUGGAUGUUUUGGCCCAGUUUUAAUUCGGCCAUUGCUGAAGCUGGAGACAAACAGUACAGAGCCAUCGUAAAUACAUACUUCUCUCUUGCCGCCUGUGUAAUCACAGCCUAUGCAUUCUCCAGCCUUGUGGAACACCGAGGCAAGCUUGAUAUGGUUCACAUUCAGAAUGCCACCCUUGCUGGAGGAGUUGCUGUGGGCACUUGUGCGGACAUGGCAAUUCGCCCAUUUGGUUCUAUGAUCAUUGGGAGCAUUGCAGGAAUUCUCUCCGUGUUUGGAUACAAAUUCCUGACUCCACUUUUUGCUACUAAACUGAGGAUCCAUGAUACCUGUGGAGUACAUAAUCUGCAUGGUUUACCUGGCAUGAUGGGAGGCCUCGCCGGCAUCGUGGCAGUCGCCAUGGGAGCAUCUGACACGUCUACAAUGGCCAUGCAGGCAGCUGCACUGGGUUCGUCCAUCGGAACAGCAGUUGUUGGAGGUCUGAUUACAGGUUUAAUUCUAAAGUUACCUGUCUGGAGUCAGCCAUCUGAUCAGAACUGCUUUGAUGAUUCUCUCUACUGGGAGGUCCCUAGGUGGAGAGAACAUGACAAUCACGUCCAUGGACUUGGUGACCACAAUCAGUUGGAACCUGAGAUCUAAAUAUCAUUCCUGCACUCCAGUUUCCUUCCCCAUUAUCAAAAGUCAAUAAAUAACCAAA